GAUGAUUUUAUGAUCUUAACUUAGUUAUCCUUGAACUAAACAUUUUCUUACAAUGGAAGUACUAGGUCUUGGAUUGUUUGAAAUUGCUAUAGCAGUUUUAAGCUUUUACUGCAUAAAAAUACUGCGCUACAACGAUGGUCUCCCAUGGAACUGGCCAUUGGUGGGGAUGGUGCCAUACAUGAUAAAGAAAUUUAUGGUUCAAGAUCCACAUGCAUCUGGUUCAGCAGAUCUUGCUCAAGCAGGGGGUACUUUUCUACUCAAAGGGCCUUGGUUCGCUAACAUGGACAUGUUGUUCACUACUCAUCCUGACGAUGUCCGUUAUAUUCUGAAUGAAAAGUACGAAAUUUUUAACAAGGGGUCCGAAUUCAAGGUCAUAUUCGAUGUUCUAGGAGAUGGUAUUUUUAAUGCGGAUGGCCAUUCGUGGAGGAGUCAGAGGAGACACGCGCAAGGCCUUUUCAAUCAUCAUCGAUUCCGCCACUACUUGAUGAGAACGAGCCGGGAGAAGAUCGAGAAGGGGCUACUCGGAAUCAUGGAUCAUGUCUCCGAGGAGGGAUAUGUUGUGGACAUGCAAGAUGUGUUUCAGAGACUCAGCUUUGACACGACUUGCAGGUUCGUCACGGGUUUUGAUCCAAUGAGCCUCUCCACUGAAUUUCCGGAAGUUCCGUUUUCUAAAGCAAUGGAUGAUGCUGAAGAAGUUAUAUUCUUGCGCCAUAUCGUGCCUCUGCCUUUAUGGAAGUUGCUAAGAUGGCUAAACAUCGGAUUUGAGAGGAAAAUGAGGGAGGCUCAGAAAAUUUUAGACGAUGUUGUGUACGCUUAUGUAUCAAGAAAACGAGCCGAGUUAAGAACAGAGGAAGUUGAAUCCCACGAGAAGGAAGAUGAAGCGGGCGUUGAUCUACUAACGUUGUAUUUAACUGAAGAGGAUAUGUCAUUGGAGUUGAAAAGCGACAAAUUUGCAAGAGAUAUCGUGCUAAAUCACAUGAUUGCAGGGAGGGACACGACUAGCUCGGCCUUAACUUGGUUUCUUUGGCUUGUCAUCACACAUCCGGAAGUAAAAGCAAAGAUCCGAGAGGAACUGCAAGCACACAUACCGCCUAAUGAAACUCAAACAAGGCGACUUUUCAGCGAAGAAGAGCUGAGUAACAUGACUUAUUUACAUUGUGCACUUUCGGAAGCUUUAAGGUUGUACCCGCCAGUUCCUUUUCAGCACAAGGAAGCCACUAAGGCAGACAUUCUUCCCACAGGUCACCGUGUUCAUCCAAACUUAAGAGUGAUGAUUCCCCUGUUUUCGAUGGCAAGGAUGGUGAGUGUUUGGGGAAAAGACUGCAGCGAUUUCAAACCGGAGAGAUGGAUUUCAGCUGAUGGAAGUUCAAAACACGUACCACCUUAUAAGUUUGUGUCGUUUAAUGCAGGGCCGCGGACAUGCCUAGGGAAAAAUGUGGCCUAUUAUCAACUGAAAUUGGUUGCAGCUGCAUUGAUCCAUAAUUACAGUUUUCAUUUGGUGGAAGGACAUGUCGCGACUCCCGGUCUAUCUAUGAUUUUGUAUAUGAAACAUGGCUUGAAAGUUAGUGUGAAGAAUAGAUGGUCCUAAAACCGUCAUAGGUAUGUAAUACCCUACUCCCCACCUCCCCUUGAUCUUCAAAAUUUGAGUUCCUGGUAAUAAUCCUGCCUCAGGAUCUGAUUAUAAGCUAAAGUCAUCAUAUUGUGCGAGCAUAUAUACUCAUAUUAAGGUUCGAAAGGAAGCCUUGCAUAUUGUUCUGUAUUAAGCAAAUGCAAGGUUCUGCAGAUUUUCUUUUGAUUAAGUUAUGUAUUUUGAAUUGUAAUAGCUUGGUGAUUGUUGUACUACUAUUUGUGAUAUUGUGUUUUUUGUGAA